AUGAAUUGUAUUGUUGUUUUGUUAAACUUUUUGAAGAUGUCUACUGACGAAUUUGCUGAGAUAAAAGCUUCAUUCUAUAUUGACGAACCACCAAUCACUGGUGAUAUUGAAACUUUCUUCGCCAACUAUGCUUCCAUACCAACUUUAGCACUGCGUGAUCAUUUGAUCGCGAUACGCGAACGUGCUUGGCAAAGUUGCAAUUAUCCGUGUCUUGGCCGCUGGCGAUUUCUUCGUUCUUCGAUCAAACAAAGUCCCAUUUAUGCAGAGAUUCUUGAAAAAUGCAAACAGGAAGGUGCUACAGUGAUUGAUUUUGGAUGUUGUCUUGGUCAAGAUGUACGUCAACUUGUUUACGAUGGAGUACCAAUCGAUCAAAUCCGUGGCUACGAUUUAGAACCUUUUUUCAUCGAGCAAGGUUAUGAAUUAUUUCGUGAUGGUGAAGUGAUGAAAGAAAAGAAGAUAUUUGCGCCAGGUGACAUUUUUGACAAUCAGUUUUUGAACGAAAUAGAGCCUGCUUACUAUCUUUAUGUUGGCUCAUUUAUUCAUCUUUUUGAUGCUGAGACUCAACGAGAUGUAUGUCGACGACUCACUAAGCUAGCAAAACGAGUUAUCGCUGGUCGGCAAUCGGGUGCGUCGAUAGCACGAGAACACCCAAAGUUGACGAGUCUUACAGGCGGUAAAGCGAUACAACACUCUCCAGAAAGCUUUACGCGUAUGUGGGAUGAUGUUACCGACGGCGAAUGGCAAGUGGAAAGCGCUACUUUGGAGACGAUAGAAGACGUAAAAGGUUCUGAUAAAGGACUCAUUUUUGUAGUAAGAAAACAAGAAAGACAGUGA